UGUCGGUGGUAAUAAGUAAAUAAUUAAUGAAAACAAAAUAAAAGAUAACCUUUCGACUUUUAUUAGACACAUUAAACAUAAUGACCCUCAAAUGAAAUAGAUUUUUAUAAAAUAAUGGUAUCUUUAGUCGUUAGUAUUACUUCAGUUGUUACAAACAUUUAAAAUGGACACUGAUAGUAAGAUUUCCACUAUAUGGCACUUAUUUUUCCUACUGUAUCAUAUUUGUAGCCUGAUUUUUUUCAUAAAUCUGUUGUUUACGAACGAUGAUCCAUUUUUAAAAGAAAUACAAUACUUCGGACCAUUUUAUUUGUCAGUAUGGUGUUCAUUACUACAGAUUGUUUAUUUAGUGUUAUCUCUAGCGUCAAAUAAUGCAAAUCAUCUCCCGAGAAAAAUGCGAAAGAUCAAACAUAAGUUAGAAUCGCUGAAAGGGUACAUCUUCAUCACUUUUGUAUUACCCUUGACCACAUACGUUACCGCGGCUUUUUGGACAAUUUUUUUUCUCAAUAAGGAUUUCGUGCCGUCUGCUACGUUUGCUCUUAUGCCGUCAUGGAUUAAUCAUGGGUAUCAUACAAACGGAAUGAUUCUCGUAUUGAUGGAUCUUCUUUUUGAAAAUAACUCUAUUCCACCUGUUAAAUCUGCUCUUUUUGGAAUUACUCUACUUGCUAUCGUCUACUAUUCAAUUUUUUUUGGAAUAUACAUUCUUUUCGGAAAAUGGCUCUAUAUUUUCUUUUAUGAAAUGACUUGACUGCAAAUUGUUACUGCUUUUAUUAUAACUUAUUUGCUUCACGUAGGACUUGUUACAACAGGAGUUAAAGUACAUCAGUCACUAAGAUCACGAGUCAAAAAGGUAUAAUAUUUUGGUUAUUAUUUUGUAUUUUUUAUUAUGUUCAUAUGUAUUUGAUUUAAUAUAUUGACUUA